CUUGUAAAAAAAUUUUUGAUGGCGACAGCAAUUUUUCGUCAAUCAUUUUUAUUCUACAAAUAGUUUUGCAUUUUUUUGUAAAUUUCAUUUAAUUUUUUUAAGAUUACUUUUUGUUGCAACCUAAACAUAGAAGAAAGUAUUAAAUACGAGUAAAUUUGAAGCAAUUAACAACGAGAAAACCAUAAAACGUAUGCAGUGAACCGAAAUUAAAACAUCAAAAAAGAAAAAACUUGCAAUUUUUUCUUCUUCCUAUCAGUUUAAACUUGUGUCAUAUAUUCGAUUGUGUGUGAAAAAUAAAACGAAGUGAACGAUAAAUAAAAUAGAAAAAAAAGAAAUAAAUUCCGUAACACAGUAAAAAACAGUUUCAAAAUAGGUGAAAAAAUGGUAGACAAAUUUAUAAAUAUGUGGAAAGUGCGUGAACUGGCUGACAAAGUCACAAAUGUGGUCAUGAAUUAUACAGAAAUCGAGGGCAAAGUAAGAGAGGCAACCAACGAUGAUCCUUGGGGUCCAACGGGGCCUUUAAUGCAAGAAUUGGCACAUGCAACGUUUUCCUAUGAAACAUUUCCCGAAGUAAUGUCAAUGUUAUGGAAACGUAUGUUGACAGACAACAAAACCAAUUGGCGUAGAACGUACAAGAGUUUACUAUUGCUAAAUUAUCUGGUACGUAAUGGUUCUGAACGAGUGGUCACUUCAUCAAGGGAGCAUAUUUACGAUUUGCGUUCAUUGGAAAAUUACACCUUUACAGAUGAAGGUGGCAAAGAUCAGGGCAUUAAUGUUAGACAUAAGGUUAGAGAACUUAUAGACUUUAUACAAGAUGACGACCGUUUACGCGAGGAACGUAAAAAAGCAAAAAAAAAUAAAGAUAAAUACAUUGGCAUGAGCAGUGAUGCCAUGGGCAUGCGCAGCGGCGGUGGCGGCUAUAGUGGCGGCGGUGGUGGUGGUUACAAUGAUGGCGGCUGGAGAACUUCACGUAGUGAUCAUGGUGAUAAUUGGUAUUCCGAUUCACGUUCCGCAGAUCGCUAUGAAGACGACGAUGCUCAAUAUGAGGGAGAAAAAGAAUUUUCCGAUAGUGAUUCACCGAGUCCUAGAAGAAACUAUCGUUACAAUGAUCGUGCCAGUCCUGCUGAUAUUGCCACGGAGGUCAAACCAGCGGGCAAUUUAAACAUGAACAUACGUCCUAAAUCAGCAUCUUCAACAACAUCAGCCAGUAUGUCAACGGGGGUUACAGUUACAAAGCAGCCAACCCAACACAAACCGCCGGUGGGUAGUAAAAAAAUCGAUAUGGGUGCUGCUGCCAAUUUUGGCAAAAAAUCGGCAGCUACAGCAUCGAAUGCGGCCGGAAUACACUCCCCCACCCAUCGCGAUUCACCCGGUGAGGGCAAUACUGAUUUAAUAGGUUAUUCCCCCAUUAAUAACAAUAAUUCCAUGGGCAUAUCAUCGUCACACGAAAGCAAUAAUACAAAUACUACCACCACUAACACAAAUAACAAUAAUGCACUCGAUGAUCUGUUUAAAACCUGUUCGCCUAAGAAUGAAAAGACCCUUAAUAGUGCUGCUAUCAUUAAUGAUGAUUUGGAUGACUUCAAUCCAAGAGCAGUUGAGCAGCAGCAAAAUGAAUUCGGGGAUUUUGCCUCGGCAUUCGGUGGUGUGUCAGCUGAACCUCCUUCGGCUAGCCUAACAGCAAUUACUUCCCCAGUAAACGAUGAUUUUGCUGAUUUCUCUGCAUUCCAAGGUAGUUCCAGUACUAGCAAUAGUACAGCCUUAACAUCUAGUAUGGGUGGCUUGGAUGGUAAUCUGUUGACAACAGCCACACCGGCCAAUGAUGCAUUUGAUUUAUUUAAUUCAUCUCCAGCUGCUGUUAAUUCCACAAAUGCAACAACAAACUUGGGUGCUACCACAGCUACAGAUCUCCUGGCUGGUCUAGGGGAUCUAUCGAUACAUCAAAGUAUGCCAAUGGACAAUAUACUUCCACCAAUUGCCACAUCCGGCAAUAAUCUAUUACAACCCGUAAGUGCUAAUAAUAAUAGUUCACAACAAUCAUCAUUGACCACCGCCGAUGGAAACACAUCAACUUAUAACAACAAUAGUGCGUCAACACAAGUCGGUGCUACCUGGGCUGAUAACUUGAAAGCAGGCAAUUUGAAGCUUGAUCUAGAUAAUUUGCUAUCGGGCAAGGCGAAUAAAACGAAUGCACCGGCACCCUCUAUGAAUGCGCUAAAAGUGCAAACUCCUAAUGCAACACAACAAAUCACAAAUCCCCAACAAGUGCCACUGUCUAUACAAACGCCUACGAUGGGCAAUUUUGCUGCAUUUGGUGCCCAAACGACUACUCCGCGCAUUUCUCCCGGUUUGGGUAGUGCUGCUUUAGUUGGUGGCGCACCCACAUUUUUCAAUACGACAUCACCAAACAUUCCAUCACAACCACAACAGCAACAAUCACAAUUUGCUAAUUUUAAUCAAAUGAGUAACAUGAUGCAACCACAAAAGGGAUUUGUUAGCAAUACUAACAAUAAUAAUAACAAUAAUUUGCAAUCCUUUGAUUUAUUUCAAUGAUAUCUAAUGGCUUAAAUUUGUUUCUUUUUUUUAAUUAAUAAUUUUUUAUUUUUUUGUAUUAAUUUAAAUUAAAAAUGCAAAAAUUAUUAUAAUUAUUAUUGUUUUUCCAUGUAUUUUUUAUAAUAUAAUCUUACUUUAAAAUUCCUCUUAUUUUUUGCAAUCUUUAUGAUGUUCCCAACCAACACUUUAUUUAGCAAAUAUAUAAUUUACAAUAACAAACAAACAAAAUAUAUACAUACAUAUUGUGAAUGAAUUAUUAUGAAUUAUAUUAGUAUUAAUAUACAAAAGAAAAUGAUUUUUUAAACAAGAA